AUGGAGCCCUUCAACUUCCUCAAAUACUGGAAACCUGCUCCCAAUGCCACCCAAAACGAUAACACCCUAAUUCACUCCGACAACGGCCCUUUCUUCGACUUAGAGUUGGCCUUAACCGACGAAGAUGAUUCCCAAGACGACACCGUUCAAACUCAAAACGACGACGACCAAGAUGAUGAUAACAGUUCAGACUCAGACAAAGACUUCAACUUCACACUUUCUCCUUCUUCCUCCAACCACCCCACCAUUUCCCUCUCUCCCUCUCACCAUGUAAUCUUCAAGGGAAACCUCCUUCUCAACUCCCCACCGAACUCCAAGCCUCACUUCACUUCCUCUUUUUUCAAAUCCGCCACUAAGUUCCGCGUCUUCAUGCUGGGCCUGAAGAAGCCAAAGCCCAACGCCCCCAACGAACCCCCCACCCACCCCAAGAACCAGCGUCAGAGGAAGCUUUUCACCGUCAACUUCAAGGUCGAAGAGGUUCCCAUCGUCUCCUUGUUCACCAGAGAUAACAGCUCCAGAGCCAAACCCUCGCACAAUCAAAGCGCAGAGGAAACGGAAUCCACACAAACCGAGCCCCACACGCACGCAGAGAUGCUUUCUUCUCCUGCUGAGGAGAAGCGCUUAAUGCGGAAGUAUUUGAAGAUGGUCAAGCCUCUCUACGUCAGGGUUUCCAAAAGGUACGCGGACAAGAUGAAGUUUUCCGAUCAGGUUGACGUCAGUUCGCCUGAGUCGGCUAAAGCUGCGGCGCCAUGUUCUACGGUGGCGGAGAAGGUUCCACCUGAAGCUGAGGGUUCUGAGACUGAGGGAACAGCCAACGUGAAGGGGCAGAAACAGGGGAAUGUUCCCCUGCCUGCGGGCCUACGCAAGCAUUUAGGCAAGGGUCGUUCGACGGCGCCGCCGCCGCCGCCGAUGGAGUCCUCGAAACGGCGUGAUGAUUCGCUGUUGCAGCAGCAUGAUUGGAUUCAGGGUGCUAUUCUGCAUUGCAAGAGGUCUUUCAAUGCAUCUUCUACUGAAUGCGAGUGUCCUGAGCUGCCACGAUCUGCGAGCGAUCCAUUGCACGACAUAUCUCCUGAAUUAUCUGAAAAACCUACGAGUGCCAAUGUAAUAGAAGUGGUACUGGUGAAAAAUGAGGUUUGGGUUGUUCCAUAUUCUGAUCGAAACAAUGGGUUGUGUUGGAGGGAGGAUGUUUGCCUCGGGAAGCUGGCUAGUGGAGAGAAGGGAAAAUGCGGUCAGAGAAGUGGGAAAGAUGGGGACAUGAGCAGUGAAAGUAUCGGAAUGGGUGAAGCUCUGUCCUUUUGGUUUUGGGAAUAG